UAAUUUAUUAAUUACCUUGAUACGUCACAAUGUCAACUUGGUCCAUGCCUGACGGCCAUUUUGUUUUGGUGCUGUCAGUUUGUUUUUCCAUACCGAAUGAAUACCAUGGGUGCUCUCUUGAAAAAUUGUUCUUUUAAUACAAUUUCAAAGAUCAGUACAAUGGCCAAGGCUUACUCUUGAAAAUCCCCCUUUUUUAACCAUAUACCAAACAGCUACAAUACUAAAUUUAGCAAAUAUUCAAAUUCAAAUUAAAAUAUUAUCCUUUAGCCAAAUCACACUUUAGUUAAGUGACUACUCGUAUGCUUAAAAUAGUAACAACCUAUUUUAUAAAUCACGAGAAGUUUUACCGUUCAGUUCAGUUGCACUUUGAUUAAAUCAGAUUAAAAUUAUUUCGUUUUUUUUUUUUGGGGGAUUUAUUUUGUAUCAUGGCCACUAAAGAAGAUAGGACCUUGUCAGCCGGUAUGUCAUUCCCCAAGUGGAUGAAGAGCAAAAUGACCGACAAAAUCCUACCGAAACUCCAGUUUCCGUUCAGUAACCCUGUUCAGUUCGCAUUACUAUUAGGAUACGACCUCGACCAGAGCGCCUUCUCACCCACAGAGCUUGAUGACAGUUUCAUGUUGUACUACCGUCACCCGGUAGCAAAAACCACCACCAACGCCAACAUGACGGAAACGAAAUGCGUGAAGGCAUCCAACGAGCCGGCCAUCAAAGCAGACUUCGGCAACAUCUCUCCGAAACCACGCCCCAAAGGCACCGAUGACGGCUUCAAAUCCGAAACGUCGCAGGUGGGCAGCACCAUCUUGAAGGUAGCGAAUCAGAUCGUAGCCGGUAAACGGGUACCGGAAACCCCGAAACCGGAAGAGGAGUGCGAACAGCUGUUGGCCAAAUUCGAUCCGUACAGGAGACGCGGUAGUAGAUCGUUGCCCGCUUCUCCCCUUAGCUCUCCCAAGAGCAAAAGGAGGAUGAAUCAGUACUUUACGGGUCCGUAUUUGGAGGCGGAUAAGUCCAAGGGUUGGAUAUUGUCGAGUCUGUUGGCCAAAAGGGAGAUUUCACAGUCGAUGGGUUUUAUCGGGGAGGAGAAGAAGGAGGAGUUGGAGAGAGCCUCGUCGGCCGUAAGUGUGGAUGAGGCCGCCGCUAUCUCCAAACAGAAAACCCAAGUGUUCAAAGCGAAACCUUCAGAGUUGAGAGAAAUGAAUUUUUGGUCACCUACUUCGAUGUAAAUUGUGUUCUUCUUGACAUAUUAAUAUAUAUUUUGAUAUUUUGUGCGGAUCUUAUAUUAAGGGAAUAUUUAUUUUUAUUUGACUAUACGUUAAAAUUUAGUAUUAAUGUGCUGUAAUAAUUAGGUAUAUUUUUUUUUAUUAUUUAAGUUAUUUAAUUAUACUUGAGUGAGUGAUGGGUGUUUGUGUUAUAGUGUGCGUGAAAGAUGAUCUGUGCGAGCAAUAAAUUCUUGUUUCACAUAUCAAAAGUU